AUGACCACCAACGAAACGCCAAUCCUUCAUACAGCGUUGAAGAUCCAGACUGCUGUAGCUCAACCGGACAUACACUCACUACAAUGGGGUGGUGACGGACAAUUACUCUUUCUCACAAAAACAUCUAUAUAUAUUCUGACCCCUGACUUAGGUGUCAAUUUCGACCCCUCUUCUGCCUUCAAGGCGCCUCAGAUCAAAAACACUGAAUGCGCCAAACCGCUGGGGUGGCACAAAACAAUAAUCAAACAUGAUAAAAACAUUGUUUCCCAAUGGUCAGCGGAAUCUCAAGAAUGGGGAGCCGUGGCAUUAGGAUCGCUGGAUCUUUCCCUACGAACUGUCAGCGUGUCUCCUAGUAAUCUUACGGCUGAUGCAGGUUGUGUCUUAGCCGUGGUCACGACCAAUCUAGAGCUCUCCAUAUGGAGUGCUGUAAAAAACCAUCUUACAGGACAAUGGGCAAAGAUCGCAGACGUGACCCCGUUUCUCAUGACAAUCACCAGUCAAUCGGGCUCGGAUAUGCAGCGGACUCUUGAGGCACAGACGACAUCUGCCGCUUGGUCUGGCCAGCCGGACUUCGGUAUCGUACCAGCGCCACAAUGUGAUGGGUCUCUUUUGGCGGUGGGCACGCGGGCAGGAACUCUCAUCCUCCUCAGGUUUGAUAGAGACGCAGAUAGUCACUUCGAGCACAUUGCGUCCAUCUCAAUCACGGAGCGCUGGAUUACCAGUGUGGCCUGGACGCCAUGGAGACUAUCGGAUACCGGAGAAUGCACGGGGACCCUAGCUUGUGCGGUCUCUGACGGAUCAAUCAGACUUCUCGAAGUGAAGCAGACCCUUGAGCAAGCAACGACCUCGGCCCAGUCACAUCGACUGGAGAUCGCUACUGCUGUUCUCGACGACUGUCCCAGUCAUCCUGACAAAAGGAGCAUUACAGGAAUAUCGUGGGUGCAGGUGGCAUCUGGCAACGCGAUCCUCGUACACGCUAAACCCGGAAUCGUCCACCUAUGGUCUCCUGAGGAUGGUCCUGGAGCUUGGUCUGGCUCCCGAGAGUUUGUGCUUCGCACUCAAAAGGUUUCCGCAAGUACUUCUCCUUUUUACCCCAUCACAGGCAUCGAAUAUGUCGAAGGGCGCGAUUUGUUGUUACUAUCACUAUUCGACGGCACAUUUCACGUCAUUCACCACGUCUCACUUGAGCCAACUAUGACUCCGGACGAAACCGAGUUUACGUCCGAACACAUGUCUUCUCUUGCUCGCGCAACAUUUACUCGGACAGAAGGAGGUGCAGUCACAAAGGCAGAUAUGAACAGGAUCAGUGGCAUAGUUUCUUACGACGGAUUGUCUGCAGUAGGAUGGGUUCACGAUGCAUGUUGCCCAUCGGAUUUUAGCUUUAAACACGAAGCAAAAAUGCAGACCACGUUCGUUGUGGCGGAGAUAUGGUCGGAGCCCACUGACGAGCGGAUUAUGGACGGGCUGAGGAAGACUUUGCUUAACUCGAAGGCUGCUGCUGGUCGGGCUCCCAUCGACUUGCUGCGUGCUACGUUCUUCAACUUGACGAGACCAGGGAAAUUGAACGCCUUACAUCACCGUAUCCUCAAGGCUCUAGAAGUUCCUCCAGAAGAUGAUGGGUUGUCGUUGGUCGUGCAGCCGUGGUCAGACGAUCUCACACCACACAUUCGCUCGCAUUUUCGACGCAACUUGGAGGAACAUUUGUUUGGCUCUGAUAGCCUCUUAUCUCUUCGUCUUAGGCUUGCCUUGGCCGACUUCUCCUGGAAAUACGCAGCAAAUGCGCAAGCGCAAGCGGAGUGUGGCGCGGUGGCCCAGACACUGCUUAAUACCAUCUCGCAUCGCGUACUACGGACACUUCUAAAGCACUUGACUGCAGUGGCCGGCCUUGUUUCUCAUAGCGAUGUUCCUUUCGUCCUGCGUGUGGUCGUACAAUCAUUGCUCCCAGGAACACCACCCUCUCUGUCGGCGAUGGCUCAAGAACUUUCCACUCUUGUUUCGACCUCUGUACCAGAACUGGCCGCAGAGACACAAGAUCCGAGCAUGGGACUCCAAGAAAAUUGCCCCGCUUGUGGAGCCCGUGUUCCGCUAGAGGACAUCACCAGCGCGGUCUGCCCCAAUGGUCACACAUGGUCUCGAUGCUCCAUCACCUCGUUCAUACUGUCGACGCCCAUGGUCCGGACGUGUAUCGGCUGCACCCGCAAAGCAUUCCUCCCACCCUUGAUCUCCUCCGGGCACGCCGACCCUGUCACGUCCGAAGUAACACCUUGGUUGCCAGACGCUGCAAGGGGCUGGGUGGUAGAAGAGUUGUUGAAAGCUGUUCGUCGAUGCCUAUUUUGUGGCAAUCGAUUCGUGAGCGUGGUUUAG